GAGCAGUAACAUGGCUGCUGACGACAAAUCCUCCUCCUCAUCCUCUACGCUGGAUUGGAGUGUGGCGCCUCCUAUUUCCCCUGGCAGCCCAUCUCACCUGACACACUUCAAACCCCUGACUCCAGAGCAGGACGAGCCCCCGCUCCGAUCAGCAUACAGCUCCUUUGUCAACCUGUUCCGCUUUAACAAAGAGGAGGGGCGGCCACCCUCAGUGACAGAGAAACCGGAUGUGGUUGUGCCGUCACCCACUGGGGAGCGUAGGAACUGGACCAUACCAGCACACUCCAUCCACGGCUCUGGGGCGCAUAGGAAACAACACCACAAUCUUUUACGCAGGACUUCUACUGCUUCAGUGGACUGGCCAUUAUGGCCUGGUGAGGAGGGCCGUAGGAAAUCGGAAACCCCCCUGGGCACUCACGAUCCUCGUACGGCUGUUCAGCUCCGCACUGCUCUGAAGAGACUCAAGGAGAUCAUGGAGGGAAAGAGCCAGGACAGUGACCUGAAGCAGUACUGGAUGCCAGACAGCCAAUGUAAGGAGUGCUACGACUGCAAUGAGAAGUUCACCACCUUCCGCCGCCGCCACCACUGCCGGCUCUGUGGCCAGAUCUUCUGCAGCCGCUGCUGCAACCAGGAAAUCCCUGGCAAGUUCAUGGGCUACACGGGAGACCUGCGGGCCUGCACCUACUGCCGUAAGAUUGCUCUGAGCUACUCCCACUCUGCAGACUCUGGCUCCAUAGGGGAGGACCUGUCUGCUCUGUCUGACUCCUCCCCCUGCUCCACCUGCGUCCUGGAGCCCAGCGAGCCUCGCACCCCGGUCGGUGGACGGAAGGCCAGCCGCAACAUCUUCCUAGAGGAGGACCUGGCCUGGCAGAGAAAAACUCCCAUUGGGAUGAGAAAGAAUUUGAUUCACCAGGACUCUCAGAACAGUGGCAUGAAUUCUAGACGGAGCACGCUACAAGAGGAUGGAGGCAAGUCCCCAAUAAGGAAGCGGUCAGCCAGUGUGACCAACCUGUCCCUGGACCGGUCUGGCUCCUCCAUGGUGCCCUCCUAUGACAGCUCAGUGAGCCCCCAGACCAGCAGGGCCAUGCCAAAUCCUGACCACAGCGAAGAGGAGAGGAAGAUACUGUUGGACUCAUCCCAGCUCAAAGACCUGUGGAAGAAGAUUUGUCACAACACUACUGGUAUGGAGUUCCAGGACCACCGCUACUGGCUCCGUACAUACCCCAACUGCAUUGUGGGGAAGGAGUUGGUCAACUGGCUGUUAAGGAAUGGAACUAUCUCCACAAGGGCACAGGCGAUAGCCAUUGGUCAGGCUCUGGUAGAUGGUCGUUGGUUGGACUGUGUCACUCACCACGACCAGCUGUUCAGAGAUGAGUACGCUCUCUAUCGCCCCCUCCAGAGCACAGACUUCUCUGAGACUCCGUCUCCUGACAGUGACAGUGUCAACUCUCUGGAGGGACACUCAGAACCUUCCUGGUUUAAAGACAUCAAGUUUGACGACAGUGACACAGACCAGGUGGCUGACGAGAAUGACUAUGUCAUGCCCAAUUCGUCCAGUCCUAGUAAGAGGACGUCAGUCAGCAGUUUCCAGUCAGCGGUGGACAGUGACUCUGCUGCCUCCAUCAAUCUCAAUAUGGAGCAGGACAAUGUCAACUUCCACAUCAAGAAACAGUCCAAGUACCCCCAUGUACCCCCGCACCCUACGGAGCAGAAAGAGUACCUGGUCUCAGAGGAAGGAGGACAGAAUAUCUCCAUUAGCGACGCCUUCAUCAAAGAGUCCCUGUUUAACCGUCGUGUGGAGGAGAAGGCUAAAGAGAUGCUGUUCACUCCUCUGGGCUGGCACCACAGCUCCCUGGACCAGCUCAGAGAGGAGAAUGGAGAGAAGAAGGCCAUGGAGAGGCUACUCUCUGCCAACCACAGUCACAUGAUGGCGCUGCUACAGCAGCUGCUGUACAGUGAGUCCCUGUCCCUCUCCUGGCGUGACAUCAUUGUUCCCGUGGUGAGGCAAGUGGUGCAGACGGUGCGGCCAGACGUUCGCAGCUGUGAUGAUGACAUGGACAUCAGACAACUGGUCCACAUCAAGAAGAUUCCUGGAGGGAAGAAGUUUGACUCUGCCGUAGUGAAUGGCUUUGUCUGUACCAAGAACAUUGCCCACAAAAAGAUGAACUCGUACAUCAAGAACCCCAAGAUCCUGCUGCUGAAGUGUUCCAUAGAGUAUCUCUAUAGAGAGGAGACCAAAUUCACCUGCAUUGACCCCAUUGUGCUUCAGGAGCGUGAGUUUCUGAAGAACUAUGUUCAGCGUAUAGCGGACGUGCGUCCCAACCUGGUGCUGGUAGAGAAGACUGUGUCUCGUAUCGCUCAGGACAUGCUGCUGGAGCACGGGAUCACAUUGGUCAUCAACGUCAAACCACAAGUCUUGGACAGGGUGAGUCGUAUGACCCAGGGGGACCUAGUCAUGUCCAUGGACCAGCUGCUCACCAAGCCUCGACUGGGAACCUGCCAAAAGUUCUACCUACACUCUUUCCAGCUGGCCAAUAAUGAGUUGAAGACUCUCAUGUUCUUUGAGGGCUGCUCUCCCCAGCUGGGCUGUACCAUAAAGCUUCGUGGGGCAUCUGAGUAUGAGCUGGCCAGGGUUAAAGAGAUCAUCAUCCUCAUGGUGUGUGUGGCCUACCACUCCCAGCUAGAGAUAUCCUUCCUCAUGGAUGAGUUCGCCAUGCCUCCCAGUCUGGCCAAGACCAACUCCUUCCCCUGUCUCCUGGAGAGCACUACUGUUGAGGAGGAGGAGGAGGAGAGCCAGGAAAAUGGGACCGACCAGAGCACCCUCUCCCAGGGAGGAGAGACUGUGCUGGGGGAGGAGGAUGAGAAGUCUUCCCUUGGGAAAUCUGUAUCAGAGUCCUCCUCGCCUAAAGAUGUCCAUGGUGCAAAAGUCAAAAAACACUUCCUGUCCUCCUCUUCCUCCUUGGGGGCUGAGGGGGUGGAGUCAGCAGAGGUCAUGACCUCCACGCCGUUGUCCAAUCGCCAGGUGCUGCCACCUCCAGUGUCCCCACCCUAUCUUAUUGAUGACCUGGAGGAGUUGGCAGAUGAGAUUGGGUCGGGGAAGGGGGAGACUGAGGGGGGGAGCGGGUCGGGGGUUCUGGGGAGGGGUGAGUCGCGGGAGGAAAGCUCGGGUUCAGAGACGCCCCCCAGGCUGUUCAGAGACCCCCUGCAGGAUGACACAGGGCUGUUUGUCACAGAGCAGGUGGCCUCAACGGACGACCGUCUCAAGACGCUUACGGCAGGCUUCAAACAGGAGCUGAAGGACAUCAUCCUUUGUAUCUCCCCCUUUAUCACCUUUAGAGAGCCCUUCCUCCUCACGCCUGCUGGCUUACGCUGCCCCAGCAGAGACUACUUUCCUGAAAAGGUGUACCUCUCCCCGCUGCUCAACAAGGACUUCAAAGAACUGGACUGUCGACGUAAGCGACAACUCCUCAAAGAUUCCGCCCCGUCAGGUGGAGGCAUCACCAACGGAGUCCCUCCCCUCCGCCCCAUCCAGGUGUUACCCUCCCACCACCUUACCAGCGCCCGCAUCGCAGAGCAGCUGGGAAGCAGCCAGGACCUGGCCAAGAUGCUGGCAGACUACCGUGCCCAGGGGGGCCGCCUCCGGCAGGAGGCAGACCCCUUCACCCAGCCCCUACCUCAGCCACCAGUCCGGGAGGCUCCACCGUCCAAGCACCCCGUCAAGGCUGAUAGUGAAGAAGAGAAACCAGCAGGACAGAACGACAUGACCUGGGCCUCCAAGCUGGACUGCCUGAACCCGGUGAACCACCAGAGACUUUGUGUUCUGUUCAGCAGCUCCUCAGCCCAGUCCAACAACUCCCCCAACCCCUGCGUCAGUCCCUGGAUUGUCACGAUGGAGUUCUACGGAAAGAAUGACCUCACACUAGGAAUAUUCUUGGAGAGAUACUGUUUCAGGCCAUCCUAUCAGUGCCCUAGUAUGUUCUGUGAGACUCCCAUGGUGCACCAUGUGCGGCGGUUUGUCCAUGGCAGUGGCUGUGUUCAGAUCGUACUGAAGGAGCUGGACUCUCCUGUGCCUGGAUACCAACACACCAUCCUCAACUACUCCUGGUGCCGCAUAUGCAAACAGGUGACUCCUGUGGUGCCCCUGUCCAAUGACUCGUGGUCCAUGUCCUUUGCUAAGUACCUGGAGCUGAGGUUCUAUGGUCACCAGUAUACCAGGAGGGCUAAUGCUGAGCCCUGUGGCCACUCCAUCCACAAAGACUACCACCAGUACUUCUCCUACAACCAGAUGGUGGCCUCAUUCAGCUACAUCUCAGUGAGACUGCUGGAGAUCUGCCUCCCUCCCCCUAAGAUCUUCAUCAGGAACCAGGGGCCCUCCAAGGCAAGCAUGCAGCAGGACCUCAAGGACUUCUCACAGAAGGUGAAUCAGGUGUACCUGGCCAUAGAGGACCGCCUCACCUCCCUGAAGACGGACACCUUCAGCAAGACACGCGAAGAGAAGAUGGAGGACCUGUUUGCACAGAAAGACAUGGAGGAGGCAGAGCUGCGUAGCUGGAUAGAAAAGCUGCAGGCUCGUCUCCAGGCUUGUGGUAGUGACUCCCCCCAGCAGCUCCAGACUGUAUUGGAAUCAGUGGUAGUGAAGAAACAGAGCCUGUGUGAAACACUGCAGUCCUGGAACAGCAGGCUGCAGGACCUAUUCCAGCAGGAGAAGGGCAGGAAGCGUCUGUCGGUCCCAGCCAGCCCUGGGAGACACAGACCGACAGACGACAGCAAGACCAGUGUUCUGGAGUCUUCUCCACGCAACCCCUCCCCUGUGGUACAAAAUGGUGACAAAGAGGACCGUCACCUCACUACCCUGCCCUCGAGCUCGGGGUCGUCAUUGCUAACGUUACCGUCACCAGGGGAACCCGGCUCAGAACCCCUCUCGUCUGGACCUUCCUUUCCUGACCAGGACUCUGUCAGCAUCCCAGAGGAUGUGUUUGAUGGACACCUGUUGGGCUCCAAUGACAGCCAGGUGAAAGAGAAGUCCACCAUGAAGGCCAUUCUAGCCAACUUGCUGCCAGGCAACAGUUACAACCCCAUCCCAUUCCCAUUCUUGAAUCCCAGUGUUGACGGGAAAAAUCACCACUAUAUCAGUGACCCAGACAAGCAUUACCUGAUGUAUGAGCAUGAGAGAGUGCCCAUAGCCGUGUGUGAGCGAGAACCCAGCUCCAUCAUUGCAUUCGCUCUCAGCUGUAAGGAGUAUAAGACCGCUCUUGAUGAGCUGUCAAAGACAACGGUGAAGGCUGGAGGCGAGGACACCACUCAAACCAUCAGCUCCGGAGAGAGCCGGGCCAAGAACAGCCCAGCCAAGCCCAAUGAGACGGCCUCCUCCCAGAUGGGUCCGGGCCGCAGCAGCAUGGACACUGACCCUCUCAAAGAUGCAGACAUAGGAGACAAGCACAAGAAGUCAGCCGGAAACCCUCAUAUCGAAUUACAGUUCUCUGAUGCCAAUGCUAAGUUCUACUGCAGGAUCUACUAUGCAGAGGAAUUCCACAAGAUGAGAGAGGAGAUCAUGGACAGUACGGAGGAUGACUUUGUCCGCUCGCUCUCCCACUGCGUCAACUGGCAGGCCCGUGGCGGCAAGUCUGGGGCCGUCUUCUACGCCACCGAAGAUGACCGGUUCAUCCUGAAGCAGAUGCCCAGACUAGAGGUUCAGUCCUUCCUGGACUUUGCCCCUCACUACUUCACCUACAUCACCGGAGCUGUGCAGCAGAAGCGACCCACUGCCCUGGCUAAGAUCCUGGGUGUGUACCGGAUCGGCUACAAGAACUCCCAGAACAACUCUGAGAAGAAGCUGGAUCUGCUGGUCAUGGAGAACCUGUUCUAUGGCAGGAAGAUGGCCCAGGUGUUCGACCUCAAGGGUUCUCUGAGGAACCGCAACGUUAAGACCGACUCUGGGAAGGAGAGCUGUGAGGUGGUUCUGCUGGAUGAGAACCUACUGAAGCUGGUCCAUGACAACCCUCUGUACAUCAGAGCCCACUGCAAGGCCAUCCUGAGGGCUGCCAUACACAGUGAUGCCUACUUCCUGUCUAGUCACCUGAUCAUAGACUACUCUCUGCUGGUUGGACGAGAUGACACCACAGACCAGCUGGUGGUGGGAAUCAUAGAUUACAUUCGGACAUUCACAUGGGAUAAGAAGCUGGAGAUGGUGGUGAAAUCCACAGGGAUCCUGGGAGGGCAAGGUAAGAUGCCCACAGUGGUGUCUCCGGAGCUGUACCGAUCACGUUUCUGUGAGGCCAUGGACAAAUACUUCCUCAUGGUGCCUGACCACUGGACAGGUCUAGGGGUCAACUGCUAACUGACACCAGGGAGCUAGCCUGAGUUCCAGAUCUGUUUGUGUCGUCUAGCCAAUUCCUAUGUCAUUGUCACGGCAUGUUUGGCAACACAGCAUAAACGGAUCUGGGACUCCGCUGCUAGCUGCAGAACACAACAUGGGCAUCAGUUACCAGGAGGGACAGGAGACUACAAUGCAGAAAAACCCUUUGCCCAAUAAGGAACCAUAAAAGCAUACUGGAUGGAUUGAUGAAGAGUAAUGCAAGGCCAGUAUACAACGACUCAAUCAUUCCAUAGUAUUAUUAUGAUCUACUAGACUGUAAACGAGUGACUCGAGAGUAUUAUUGAAAGUCAUGACUGUCCAGUAAAAGCUAGGCCCUAAUUUAUCCUGACAUGGAAAGAACUUAAUUCCCUAAUCUUGAUGUGUCAAACUGUUUCACGCGGGCACAGUGAGAUGGCACUGAAAAAAAGAUUCUUACUUGGUGGUCCUAGUUUGGUGAACAAAUGAAUCAAUGUGAUGUAAAUGUACAGAGAGUAUGUAAUUAAAGAUUAACACUGAUUUCACAAAUGUUUUAAA